CCACUUCCGCCCCGAGGCCCGGCGCGAUCCCGUGGUGCCGCGCGCGGCCUGGCGUUCUUCCGGUGGCGGCGCUCGCGGCGUAGAGGGCGGUCGCGGCGGGCACAGCGGGCACAGCGGGCACAGCGGGUACAGCGCGCACGACCGGUGGCGGCGGCAGGAUGUUGGCCAGCAGGGUGUUCGGCCUCGUGGGCAGACGCGCGCUCUCCACCUCGCUGCGCCUUCGGGCCCACGGGAGCGUGGUGAAGAGCGAUGACUACGCCCUGCCCAUCUACGUGGACCGCCGCGACUACCCGCUGCCCGACGUGGCGCACGUCAAGAGCCUGUCGGCCAGCCAGAAGGCCCUGAAGGAGAAGGAGAAGGCGCCCUGGAGCAGCCUGUCCGCCGAGGAGAAAGUGGAACUUUACCGCCUCAAGUUCAACGAGACCUUCGCCGAGAUGAACCGCGGCACCAACGAGUGGAAGACGGUGGUGGGCGGCGCCCUGUUCUUCAUCGGCAUCACGGCGCUGGUGCUCAUCUGGGAGAAGUUCUACGUCUACGGCCCCAUCCCGCACACCUUCGAGGAGGACUGGGUGGCCAUGCAGACCAAGCGCAUGCUGGACAUGAAGGUCGCCCCCGUGCAGGGCUUCUCGGCCCAGUGGGACUACGACAGGAACGAGUGGAAGAAGUGAGGCGUCGAGUGGAAGAAGUGAGGCGCCGGCCCGCCCCGCCCCAAGCCCCGCCCCCGGCCCCGCCUUCCCGGAAACCUUUGCUCGCUGUGGCGCCUCCGGAGCUAAUAAACGAGCCGUUUCCCCGA